CGUGCACCUGCCUGCCUGUCUGCCUGCCCGCCCGUUCGCCUGCUCGCUCGCCUGCCUGUCCGCCCGUUCGCCCGUUCGCCCGCGUCCGUCUAUAAGCGCGGACUGCACGUGGACGCGGAUUCGCCGCGACGACGAGUCCGAGAACACCGCGGGGACGAGACGCGCGCGACACGGACGUCACGAUGACAAACGCAACGGCGGUGCUGUUCAUUUUGGUGUAUUUCGUCGCGACCUACUCCUUCGCCGCCGCCGCCGCCGCCGCCGCCGCCGCGGGGUCCUCGAACGUUUCCGAUCAUUCGAAUUUGGCCGCGUCCAAAAUUCAAAUGACGCCGGCAAACGCGGUUCAAGUGAGUAACGGUUGUAAAGACGUGGAACUGCGCGUCGCGUGUGCACGCGCAGUUUUCCGCUUUACGGCAUGACGAUUUGUUAUUUUCGGACGGGUCGCGUAUAGGAGAGCCCGCUCUACGGGCCAGUCGAGUUCCCAGGACGCGUUUUAAACGGUUUUGAACGGUAUAGUGCCGCGUAAAAUUUCGAACGAACCCGGUAACCCGGAAUAGUAUUACACUAUAAUACACGUACGCGUUUAAGGGGUCGUUACACGCGAGAUAUAGUAACAACACGCUUACGACGCAGCUACACGCACAACUAGCUUAGUUUCGGUUUCAGAACGAAAACACCAAUUGUGAAAUUGACAGAGAACAAUAUUCCGGAGGACAAGGCUGCGUUUUUUUUUUUUUUUUUGAAAGUUUUAGUAAAUAAAAAAAAAAAAACCUCGAAAAACACAAUGAAUAUCGUCCUCCAGGAUAUUGUUGUUAUUGAAUAUUUUAAAUUAAAUGUUUUUACUCUAAGACCAAAAUUAAGCGAUUCCUGUAUAGUCUGCGUAAGCAUGUUUUAACUGUAUUGUGCGUUUAUAAGACGGAAACGACAAACGAAUGUGUACCGUUCUCUUAAAUAAAUUAUUUGUAGCGAUUUGUUAAUAGUUGACAGGACAUUUAAGAUUCUGAGUAUAUCACGGAAUUGUAUUGGUUUUACAAUGAUAUCUAUUUAUUUUUAUGUGAAAACUUUUUUCUACCAGAAAGCUUAUUCCGAUUAUCAAACAUAGCACCUUUUCUGAAAGGAAGUGUUCCCUGAAUGGUACUUUAUAGAGGUCAUUUUUCGAAAUUCACAUUAAUAUUCAAAACAGUGAGGAAAAACUAGUUGUUUAGGUUAAACAGAAAACGAAAGAUUAAAAAUAAAGUUGCCAUUGGCAACUGUUUUUAUUUAUUUUUGUUAUUAUUAAGUUUUUAUUAUUUUAAUUUUUAAACUAUCAUUUUUGUCAUGGACACGGACAUUGUUGUUAUCAUUUUACCGUAAUACGACAUAUUAUAUAUUGUUGACAAAACAACACUAUCAAUUGAAAUCCGUUCAGAAUCGUUUUUUCGUUAGCAAUGGCUUAUCGUUGCUUACAGAUAUGUAUUAAAUUCUGCUUCUUAAUAUUUGUAGUAUUGGCUAGUAAUAAUAUUAAUUAAUACUCAUUUUUAAAUAAAUAACGAUAAUAAUAUAGUGAAUUUAUAUUACGAAUAAUAUUUUAUUACAUCGCCUUGUAUAUCGAACCGACAGCCAUAAUUAUACGUACUGGUAACUUCGGACGGAAGGAUGGAGAGGAUAUAAGGGGACGUAAACUUACAUAUAGAAACUUAAACACGAAAAAUGUAAACAUAAAAUCAUUAAGUUUGAUCGUCCAUAUCAAACGAAGACCGAGGUUCGGCUGAGUGUAACUUUUUGUUCAUCUUUCGGUUAUCAUUCGCGUUGAAUCAUUAAAUGUGAUAUGUGUAAACGUUGAUUUCACACCUACAUAAUCAGUGAAUCAGUUGGUUAAUUUUAAAUUUAAAUUCUUGUAAAACACAUUAAUUUAGCAUGAAUCGUGUCUAAAUGGUUUCUUUUCGUUUUAAAUGGUUCAAUUCGGACGAUUCAUCCAAUAAGUGAAUCGUAUAAACGCAGCUUUAGAAUGAUUCGCGAUACGAGGACGCGGUGUAAUAUCGUGAAUUUAUGGUUAUAUAUAUAUAUAUAUAUAUAUAUAUUAUGUAGCGUAUGCAAGAACAGAAAAAGCACGUUUAAAAGUGUUUAAAGAAAAAAAAAAUAACUUUCAAAUUUGAAAAUUCAAAAAUAUAGUGGUUUAAAUCGAAAUAGAUAUUAAGUUUGAUUAUUGAGUUUUAUACCAGUCUCAUGACGUUUGUAUGGUUUUCAAUACAAGCAAAUCAAAUGUUGACAAUUACUAAACAUGAUGUAAUAUUAAUGGCCUAACCUAAAUAUAGCGUUCUAUACGUGGCUUAAGUCGUAUAAUUAUUUGACUUAUUCCUUUUUGCCAGCGAAAGUAUAUUAUAGUGACUUCGGAUAUUUUAGCUUUCAGUAUAACACGGGUUAGAAUACACACUUAUGCCGUUUACACCAAAAAUAAAGGUGGAAAAAAAUCGUAUAUAGCUAAGUACAAAGACUAUAAGACCAACGAUAUAUUAAUCAUUGUUUCAACAACAAUUCACAAUUAAUAUUAUGAUGUAAUUAUAUUAUUGAACAACAAUAAUUCGUUAGAUUAGAGUUAGAUUUUGUAGUUAUUACUAUUAUUAUACUAGUCUAAGACAAAAAUGUAGGUAUUAGAUGCCAUACUAUUACAGUAUUACAUUGUUGAAGUUUAGCUUAACCGAACAAAUUAAAAUCGUUUUUCAUCCCUGAAAUACUCGAGGUAUUUUAUUGUUUACGCUAUAUUCUCCUAUAAAUCCAAUCGCAUAAAUAAAAUAAUAUUUUGUUUUAUCAUAAAUUUACACAACUCGCAUAUGUUUUACAAUAUAUUUGAAAAAACCAACACGGUAUGGAAAUUAUUUUCAACGUUUUAAAAUCGAAAAUAUAUUUCAUCGAGAAAAAAACGAACAUAAUCAAAAUAUUGUUAAGUAAUUUAAUAUUUAAAACUGCAGUGUUUAUUACUCGGAAUCCCAUACCUACUGAAACACAUCACGUUUCAUAAAACAAACAAUUGCACAACGUACGAAAUAAAUUGUCUACAUUUUAUACAAUACUAUAGCUGUCCCGCACGGUUUUGCCCGUUUCAGUAUCUCGAACGACAAAAAAUGGGGGAAAAAAAAAAAAAUGAUAAUAAAAACGUGUUUUCCCGCGAUUCUCCGUUUCCGUUCCCGUUCCCAUCACUGCAGUUAUUUUUUUUAUUGCCCGUAAAUGUUUAAAAUAUGCAUUUUCUUGCCCGUGAAUAACAGUUAUACUGCCCCACUCGGCUUUGCCCGUCAUCAAGAACGCUCGAUUUCACAUUUUCUACAGAAUAGCUUAUUUUAUUAUCCGCAACCAAUGGCCACCCUGUGCGACGAACAAAAACGGUUGGUUUGGGUUAGCCGAAACGAAAUUCACUUGCGAACCAUCCUAUAUAGCAACGUUUACGGGUUGAAAAACGAAACCUUUCCCGAGUUUCGAGGAAUAUGCGUACGAAGUUCGGCGCCAAUUGGUUCGGUAGUUUUUUAAGUGUAGAAAACGAACGGACGAACGUUAAUUUUAGAUUUCUGAUCGUGAGUAUUCGGGCACCUUAUAUCGUUGUUUGUGUCCGACCACAGGUGUUAUAACCAGGGGCGUUCCCAUAGGGUACACUACAUAAUACACGCCGUAUACUUUCAAAAAAUGUUUAGAUUCUGAAUGGAGCGAAGAAGCUUAUAUAGUUUUACCAAGAUGUUUAUUUUUUUUUUUAUCUGUGGACAAAUUUUCUACCAGCAAUUUUGCUCCGAUUUUAAAGUGUAGCACUUUUUUUUUCAUAAGGAAAUCGGUAUUGGGAGAUACUUUAAACAGGUCCUUUUUUUUUAUUUUCUCAGAAUUUUUUUUAAAUAUUAUGGGUACACCGCGCAUACUUUCAGUCUCGAUCAAUUCGCAAUUUCGACUCUCGGGUUUAUUAUUGACACGUUCUUUAUCCAGAUGGAUAAAGAACGAUACGGUUUAGAAAAACCGUAAGAAAAAUAUUUAUAUUGUAUUAAUGUAUUAUUUUUAUGUUUUGGUAUUAUUUAACGACUUGGUAUAAUCUAAAAAAAAAUAAUGGGAACACCACUGGUUAAAACAGUACACAGUUACGGUUGUUGAUUUGGACGUCAAUAAGGAUGUAUAAUAUUAUAAUGUAGGUAUAAUAACGCUGUUAUUAUUAUUAUUAAUUUAAAUAUAAAUUCGUUUAUGUUAAUUAUAUUAAAUAUAUACACUCACAUAUAUAUCAUUCGACUAUAGUGUGCUAUAGUCGAUAUCGCAAAUAUAAAGUAAUCAUUAUAAGUAAGUAGUACUUAACCCAUUUUAUCCUCGAGUACCCAUACAUGUUGGUAACGCGAAGCUUUUUUUACAAAAUAUUUGACCGCAAUUUCAAAUGUUGACCCCUUUCUGUCCCGGCGUUACCAUUAUAUCACGGUAACGUCAAAUAUCUCGUUAUUGGGUUAAUCGAAAAAUCGUUUUAACAGACUUUUGUUUAAAAAUGAAUUUUUCAACUAUAAUAUUAAAAAGAAAAAAUUGAAUUAAAAAAAAUUAGUAAACUUAAUGAGGCGAAAUAUUUAAAAUACAUAAUAUGUCCCGUCGGUUAUUUACGAAUGAAUAUUUUAAAUUUAUUUAUAGCGUUUCUAUAACGGUGUAAUUAAUACGAUAGUUUACUAUGGGUUACCGAAUUCGUUUGAAAUUGUAGAAUCGGAACUAUAAUUAUUAUUAUUUAUCGUUCGAAAUGCGUUUAAUACCCGGGAACUCGGCUCGCUCGUAGAGAGCGCUGUAUAAACAAGUCGUUGUUUAUUAUAGUAGAAUACCUAUUAUAAGGAGACGAGAUUAGAUUGCGCCGCGAGGUUUACUGCGCAGCAAAGUCAAUAUGUACGCUACGUACGCGUAGACGGCGUAUAUAAUAAUAAUAGUAAAAUAAAGUUUAUUUAAUAAACAUGGCUAAACUGCAAACGGUUUAAGUUUUCUUUGUGUUGCAACGCCGUGAUUAAAGAUAAACAUAGAAUGAAAUUUUAAUUAAUUUUAACUGCGGGUCCCGAAGCGUAUUAGUAACAAUAAUUAUUAUCCGUCGGCGAACAUAAUAAUAUAAAAAUUUUAUGUCCCGACUUGAGUCGGCCCUUAUUUAUAAGGGCUUGCGACUUGAAACCCUUGUCCAAACACUCGUAAAACGCAACGCGACCACUGUGUUUGUUUUGCCGAAGUUUUCGACGAAAUAAACUUGAAUUAAUAAUAUAAUUUCAACGAAGCCCGUGAUAAAAUUAUGUUUACUCUGUCGUUAUGUCAAAUAUUAUGAAGAUCAAUAAAUUAUAUACUUAAUACAAAUUAAAUAAAUCAUAUUUUUAAGAAAAUAACAUUUUGAAUCCGGGUCGGCGAAGAAAAUCGCGGCCCUCCCAAAAUGAUCCCGCUGUAUAUUUUUAUGGAUAUUAAUUGUCAACCCGUAUACAUUUUUUUUUUUUUUUUUUAUUGAAAUUAUACAGUUAAUUCAUUUUUCCCGAAUUGUGAAGGGCAAUAAUAAAACAAAUUGGCAAUUUCCAAUUUGAGAAUAAUAGUUAUCGAUCCCUAACUGACGAUACGUGUCUUGGUAUUAAAUAAUCGAUAAUCGCUCAUCUAUAUUCUAUUACUUAGAUAUUUAAUCUUACCUAAUAAACUCAUUAGGCUAAUGGAUUGAACGUUUCGGAAUAAAUUGUAUAAAAAUGAUGAACUACUUAUAUAGAUCAAGGCUAUAUACGAAUAUAAAAUAAAAAUUCACUACAGGAAAUUAGUGUAACCAAAAGUAUAGUAUUCACCUUUUUUUUUUUUUUUUUUUUUUUAAUGCUGGUUUAAGUAAUGGUUUUAAGCGGGUUUGUUAUAAAAAAAAAUAUUCCAUUUAUUCCAGUUAAUUUGGGUGAUUUUUUAUUUUCUUUUAAUAAAACCAGGAUUUUUCACUAACCCUAUUUACAAUAGACAGCUACUUAUCUACGUUUUGUAAGUUUUUUUCGGUCAUUUCUAUAGUAAAUACGAAUAAUAUAUAGGCAGUAAAAAAAUUGUGUUUGGAACGGUCUAUAAUAAAUAUUAUACUACGAUAGUUGAAUGGAAUCGAACGCGUUUCUAAGUAUAAUAUACGAGUCAAUGAGUACAGUGAAUAACUUAAACAUUAUAUAAAUCGAUAUACGCACGCGAUUAACAGUGCAAUAAUAAUACACUUAUGACGUUAUCAAUGGCCUAAUAUUAGUAUAAGCGAAUUAUAAUUUAUGUUACUGACACACAUACACGCACGAACAAGCGACACAUUGAUACGGAAUACUCAACAAAAAAAUAAUAAAUAAACGACGUUUUAUUUGGUUUUCGUGAAAAAUUAAACAUAAAAUAAUAAUAACAAACAGAAUCUAAAAAAAAAACUAAUCAUUAUUAGUAUAACUGUUAUAAAUAAUGACUACAGACGAAUCUAUUAUAAUUAUCUAUUAUAUUACACUUGAAACGUAAUAAUUUAAAAAAAAAAAGGAAAUAAAACAAAUAAUAGUCGAGGUUUAUAAGCAGACACAUUACGUAACCGAUUUCCUUAUUCUGUUUGGUUUUUUUACCGUAUUUCGUUUUUACUGGUAUACCUAUUUGUGUUGACUGAUGCGAUUUGCCGGUAUAACAUUAUUGUUUUGAUAAAAAAAAAAAAAAACGCGUAUUAUCAUACCUUUUACUCGAAAUUUUUAAUCCGUUCAAUAAUAUAAUAUCAUUAGCGAUAUAAAAUAUAACGAAUAAUUUUACGUUUGUUCCGUGAAAUCCUCGAAUAUUAACCGAUAUAGGUAAUCGGCCGGGAAAUACAUAUUUAGCGGGGUGGGAGGGGUUUGAACCCCUCGUUGGCCGAAAUAAUAUAUUUCCGUUCACGAUUAUAUAUUCGAAAUAUUUGUCUAUUUUAGCGACGUUGUGUUCGAGCCCAAAUUGUUCGACCCGCACAAAAAAUUUCGAAAACCAUCGCGUUCCCGAAACGAUCAAAUAUCAACAAAUACGAUUUAUCACGUAUUUAACAGCGGCUUUGUAAUAAUUAUUGUACGAAAACUGUUUAUUUAAAAUGAAUGUCCCUUUUUGAAUAUUCUGAUUCGGAGCCCAUUAUGGUCUAAUGGUUAUAAAUAUAAAUAUGUUUACGUAAAUAAAACCGUGGCGUAAAACCAUGGCGAUUUUUUUUUCUCUUUUUUAAAUCUAAAUAGAUUGAAAUCAAAGUAUAGAUGCAUUUAGUGCAUGCGAUAAAGUGCAGCGAACGUAUCGUUUUUUUUUUUUUUUUUUUUUAAAAAAAAAUUUGUUUAUAAAUAUUGACGCCAAAUAAAUGCACUUUUAAAAUAUACAAUGUGUAGGUAAUUCUAUUAAUAAAUUAUUCCAAUCUUCAAUCUGAUUCACUGAAUUAGCGUGAAAGUUAUUUUUAUCGUUAAUAAAUUAAUAUGAAAUAAAAUGAAUGAAUAAAUACUCGUAAUAAUAAAAAUUAAUGCAUGCUGUUCACGGGUUAGACACUGUCGUAUGUGGGUGGUUAGGACAGUAUAAGAUAUCAGGAUAUGCCUCGUUAUAAUUUCGUUAACUGUAUGCAACAAUAAAUAUUAUUGCAAACGAAAAAACAAUUCCGAGCGGAGUAGUAUUUUUCGUGGUUUUCCCUUUGUUGCUACGGUCAGCCAGGAAUCGACGAAAAUCAUAAAAAUGACGUAGGGGGGAACUUCUGAAAAUGUCGAUAAAUAUUUCAAAUAAAAUACAGCUGGGCAGAAGUGUUGCAUCUUUUGAAGCAGACACUAUGUGAAAAAACUGGAGCGCUUACUAUUUAAAUGUUGAAAAAAAAAAAUGAUUGGAAAUCCGCAUCUUUUAGGGUAUGACGUGACUAAAUCGGAGCAUUUUUAUUAACCCUAAAAGUGUUUUCCAAGAAAAAAGAACACAUCUUUGUAAAUUAUGCAUGUUAUAUUUGAAGAAAAUUGUAGUUCAAAUUUUAAUUACACACAUAGGUACCUAUAAUAUUUUUGAACAUUUAGAAUUUAUAAAAUAGGCAAUAUAUAGUGGAUAAAAUGAAAGAAAAUAGACUGAGAUGGUUUCACGAGAAGGAGAAAUCUGGAUUGAUGAGAAUAAUAAUCUAAAUAAACGUACAGUAGGAAAAGGGGAAAAUGAAGACCGAAAAAUAUGUGGUCGAGAACGGCCGGUGUACGCGAGAAUGAUGUGGUAGAUCGCGUCAAAUGAAAGUUUAGGACGAGGGGGGGCCGAUCCCGAAUAGUCGGGACGAAGGCGAAUGAGAAGAAUAUAAUUAUAUUUUGAACAUUACAAAAUGUUACGUCGGGUAAUUAGAUAACAAUAUUCUAUACGGUUUUUGUUCGGUAGAUUUUAAAAAAUAAAUAUUUUUUUUCUCGACUGUUUUCCGAUCAUAAAAAAAAAAAUUAAAAUACCGUGACGCCGGACCGCCCCGUAAUAAUAAUAUUUAAAAUAAUUAUUGAGACGUGUACCCAUCGUACGCAGAUUAUAAAUCUUAAUUUAUAAGGAAUAAUAGUAACCGCUGUUUAAAAUAAAUCUUAAGAUGAUAAAGUGAAUAAUUUUUAUUUAAGUAUCUUCCGAUUAAAAAAAAAAAAAAAAAACCAUUUCGUUAAGGGUGUGCGAAAAUCUUUGUCUGUAUCUGACUAUAGCUGGUAUACUAAUUAUGAUAUUGUCGACGUUUAUUUCAGUACUUACAGUUCGAAGACGUGUCGUACAACUUUAUGGAUUUCACGAUUUGCACGUGGAUCAAGCUGACGAAUUUUUCUCAGACGCAGACCAUAUUUCGUCUCACGGGUAAAUAAUUAACUAACUAUCUUAUAUAUACAGCUAUAUUAUGUCUAAACCCAGUGGUUUUCAACUUUUUUGGGUCCACGGCUCUUCUUAUUUUGAAAUCCAAAAACCUAACCGUUGUUGUUGUAUAUAUUAUGUAUAAAAGAGCACCUACACAUCAAUGCUUGAAUUGGGGAAAAAAAGUAGGGGGACUAAAUGAGACAUAAGAAAAAGUUACUUCCCUUGCAAUGAUUUACUUCAACCUAACCCGUGGGUGGCUUUGCUUUCCGCACUCCCAUGACACUGAUUUUAAAACAAAUUCCAUAAUCUUCUAAAUUUAACACAAUCCCUAAAAUACAAAAAACGUUUGGACUAAAAGUCAUUGUUAAUUUGUUAAUUAUUAACCAAUAGGGUUUCGCAAUUAUGUAGUUACAGUUUUAUACUUCAACUAACCGGAAGCGCGCUCGGCUAUGGUUAAGCCAUCGUCAAUUGUACUUAUCAGUAAUCACUUAUUUUACCGCGUAAGGUCGUACACGUACAACAUAAAAAAAAUAAUAACAAUAAUUUAUUACUGGACGAUAAAUUCUAAAAAAAAAUUUAUAAUUUAUUUGAGUUGAAGGUUUAAAUAUUCAAAGAGACGUGCAGCCAACUCCCCCUCCCAGUAGAAAUAAUUAGUAAGGAGACGCUAAAAAAAAAAAAAAUCUUAGAGUAGUUCCUUCUCCACGCGUCUCUCCCAAUUCAAGCACUGACCUACAUAUAUUAUAGUAUUGUUGUCUAAACGUCUGAGGUUUUAUAUUUACAUUAAAUGCUCCUUCGUUUUUGUGCCGCGUAAUUACAGUCAGUCAUACUCUAUAUAUCACUGUCCAUUCGUUUCGUAAAAACAAAAAUAAAAUAAUAAUAAUUUUUUCAAAAAAAUCCACUAACAAUAUGGAGAUAAAAUGCAUGCUAUUAUAUUUUACGCAAAUUCGUACAGGGAACAAAAAAGAACCGGUGGUAUUGUGGCGGAUUCACGUGCACCCGAAGGAAACGAUGAAGGUGACGAUCAAGAAUCGGCUGGUGGCCUCGGAAAACACGCCUUUGGCCAGAGGACAGUGGAAUCACGUAUGCUUCCAGUGGAAGGGCUCGACCGGCGUCUGGGCGAUGUUCGUCAACACCAAAGUCCAUUCGGUCGGACAAAUACCCGCCGUCGCCAAUGACGUAAGUGUAAUAUCGUAAUAUACGUAUAGGUACGUAUAUUAUUAUAUUAUGUAUAUUCAUUUGCUUUUUAUACCUGUCAAAAAUAGAGUAAUAUUUUAAUGCGCGGUGUAUUAUUUAUGAUUAUAAUUAGUUUUACGAUAAAAUAUCAGGACCCGCGGAGAUGUAUAACGAUGAAUAUGCGAUUUUUUUUUUUUUUUUUUUGUUCCGAAUUCGAUUUGAAUAAUAAUAAUCUACGGUUCAAAAAUUAUGCGUUUCGAUGUCUAGCGUCGUUAAUAAUUUAAGCAUAUACGCGUCGCUCUCUAUAAUGAUAUAAUAAAUAGAUUCGAAUGGUCAUACAAUAUUUUAAUAAUGUAUCCUCUUUCAACGUUCGCGCGGUUAUUUAAAUCCGAAGGGUAUUUGUUCGUAUUACGAUUCGGCCGUAAAUUUGCUUUUAACGACACCGACUCGUCCGGGACUCUAUAAUAUAAAAUUAUCAUAAUAUCAAACGAACAGCCGUAAAUCAUAUGAUUUUCUCGUUUGGCGCACCGUCGUGAAAUUUUAUUCGUUAGCGCACAAUGUUGCAAUAAUAUUACCGGACAAGACGUUGUAUAGUGCGCGGUUUUGUCCGCACGUAAGGAAAAUGAAAGAGCUGCAGAAAAUCGCGAUUGUCGUAUUGUACCGUUUUUACCGUGACCCGAAAUAUAUGUAAUUGGCUACAUGGGUACCCGUACGGGUUUUCUGUCUGUCAUUAUAUAGCCCGCGAUCCUUAUCCUGAUUUCGUAUACACUAUAAUCUGACUGCCGCCAGUACGCUAAGUAUACGAACAGACGCGUCCAAAGCAAACAUCUGGAGGGGGGCAACAAUUUGUUUACAACACAAAUAUAAUUAUAAUGUAUUUGGUUCUAAUCAUAGUAACAUACUAGUUUAAUGAACCACAAUCUACUUGUGAUUGUCCAGGAUCAACUUUGGUGGUGAUGUGUCGCGCUCCUGUGGUGUCAAUAACAACUAACACGUAAUUACGAAAUUACAAUAUUGGAAUCUCAGUCCACCGAUAUUAUGUUUAAUAUAUUAUAAUAUUGUAUACAUCUGUGAUUGAAAUAUAGUAAUAUAGGCAUCUAUAGAGUUAUAAAAAAAAAAUUUGAUUGAUUAGCCUUUCUAAACUUUAAACUGUUAUUACUCUUAAUCAUAAACGAUAAAUCUGAUAUUAUCGUAUUAAAAAAUCUAAACAAAUAUUCUCUAUUAAAAUCUGUAUUCAAAAGGCGGGGGGGGGGGUGUGUUUCUAUUUUAAAAUCAAUAUAUGUACUUAUUUAAGGCCGUAUAUGCAGUAGCUUUAAAAAAUUAAAAAUGAUUUUAAAAUAAAACUUAAACAAUUCAAUAAUGAUUAGAAAAACAAAAAUCAAUUUCACUUAAAAUCAUCUGAGAUAAUUGCUGGUUCGUGAUAAUUAGAAAAAAUCACCCUGCGUGUUAAAUACGCACGUUUUGUGCAUUUUUUCCCGAAAGAAGUGCCAUAGUAUUUUAUCGCGACAACAUUAUUAUCGUUUCGGAUUUUCGUUACGAAUGUUACGAUAUCGACGGUAUUUCGUUAAAAAGGCGUCUAUUAAAUUUCACUUUUUUUUUCAGGAAGCAAAAACAUUACUCGUACACGUCAUAAUACAUUGGUAUAAUACAUGUACACGUAUACAAUUAUACACGCAUUGAACGCGGUAUAUACGUCCUUCUAACAAAUCGGCGUUAAUUUAAUUGUGUUUUGAAAGGGCGCCUGCAGGACAUUUUCACGUCGACAUUACCGAGUUAAUUGCCUGUGUUCAAAUACGCCCUUUUAGCACUCCUAAUUUUUCUGAUUUUUUUUUUAAAUAUAAAAAACGUGUUUUUCGAUUUUUGGCGACGGUAUACGCCCUCUGUCAACAAAACACCGUCGAUAUUUUUGUAUUGCGACGCGCCGGCGCGGGAAAAUCGUACCGACGGUAAACGUUGCGUGCACGAUCGCUCGCGUUUUCGUCGACGCGGGAAUAAAAUGAAACAGGUGUGACAGGGAAAAUGGGUAAACAUUAAUCACGAGGAGCGUGUACGUAAUCGUUCGAGCAAAAUAUCCGCGGUCUCGUUCGGACCGCACCACUAUAGAUGAAUAUUUUAACGCGCGUCCGUUCGCUCCGCUGAGGUCUUCGGUGGCGGAGUGCGGACGGCGGCGAUUGCGUCACUUUUGCGAGUCGCGCGCGCUUUUAAAUAAUAAUAAUAAUAAUUUUUUUUUUCCCCCCCCCCGACGUUUAAUAAUAUUUUGCGCGCGGAUUAAUUACACCGAGAACGCGGCCGGCGUCCGUCACGUGCCCGAACGUUUUUCGUUUUUCCGCGACUUUUGCGGCGGUGACGCAAAACGCUCGUGUCGCGCGCGCGCGCCCGGGAUUACCGGCCGGGAUGCUUGACGCGGCGCCAAACCGACGAGUCAGAUCGGACGCAAGCGCGCGCGCGCGCGCGCUAUUGUAAUAAUUAUAUUUUCGUCCGACGGAGCCGGAAAAAAACAAAACGUUAGGUAACAAUUGUCACAACGUUUUCACGGCCCAUCACGCCCGCGCGUCGGGUCCAGCGGCGCGGUGUUAUCGCUACAAGGAACAAUGCCCGCGCUACGUUAUUCUUGUUGUGUCCCGAACGCGAAUGCCGCGCUCGCCCGUCGCCGCGACCCGGAUGAUGAAUUGAAUAUUUGUGGUACUUACGUGUAGCCCGACCUGACCUCCGUACGUGUGGAUUGAAAAUCUCCGGAAAAAUCGGAAAAAAAAACCCGGUUCCCCCUCCCCCCAAAUAGGAAAAAAAGCUGCCCUUGGAUAAAGGGGACGGACUCAACCACCGUUGUAGCUGAGAAUUCGGGAAGGUAGGAUAUGGACGGGAGUUCAAUGUAUACCUGUGAGCAACGAUUGACCACUGCUAACGAAAAAAAAAACGAUUAAGAAUGGAGUGUUCUUCCUUUGUCAACAAUAUAAAUAUAUAUGUCAUAUAGGUAAUGAUAAAGUGAUAAUUAGUAAUUACGUAUGCAUCAAACAUUUUCUUUAAUAAUAUUGUUGUACCUAUUUUCCCGUUCUUUCAGUUUUUCCGGUUUCUCUCAUUUAUUGAAAAUCUCUUGAGAAAAUCAAAAAAAAAAAAAAAAAUUACCUCCUUACAGUACCACUACAGUCCGAUUUCCUUUCAGAAAAAGUGCUACCACUGUAAUUCGGAGCGAAAUUGCUGGUAGAAAAGUUGUUCAGAGUGAAAAAAAAAUAAACAUCAUUGUAAUAUCAUAGGCUUCGCUCAGAAUCCAAAUACAUCUACUACGUUAAACCCGCAUUUAUCAUGUGUUGCAGUUGCAUUUAAGAAUGUAGGUGCUGAACGGGAACCGAUUCGGCUCACGUUCGUAAAGUACAUUUUUCAAAACGGGACCCGAUUCGGCAUGUGGGGGGUAUGAGGUCGGGAACCGAUUCGGACACGUCCGUCGUACGGCCGCUCUCGGAUUUGUCGCGGUCGUCGCCGUUUCGCCCUCCCCGAACUCCGCCAACGCCCGCUCGGAAAUUAAUCAUCGGAGUAAUGUUUUUUUACUAUCAGUCAAGUGCAUAGUAUGGUAGGUACACGAUGCGAUAACGAUAAUCGCACGGACAUGAUUACGACGACGCCGCGAUUUUUUCAAGUGGAAAACUGUUAGGUAUUCGCGUGUAUCGACCGUAUAUGAUAAUGACAAUUGUAAUUUACCUAUGACAAUAAAUCAUCGGUCACGAUCUCUUUUUUUUUCCCCGAAGGGUUAACUUCAUUCGACACGUUUAACAUGUACACCGCGGGCAUGUCGUAUACCAGUGCACUCGGCGUUUUUUACUCUUUAUAUUUAUGACGGAAAUUCCAUCACACACCGUAAUAUACCUAUCUACCUUGACCUAUCGAUUACGGGAGCCAACAGUAAAUGUAUACGUCGGUGAUUAGGCGAAUCGGUUACGCGUCCGACACGCCGUCGCCACAAUCCGCGUCAUACUGACCGCUGCGUAUUACAAUAUAGGCCAUUGGUAUAGGUAUACAUACACACAUUAUAAUAUAUACGCACGUCACGAGCGCGGCGAUAAUUUGCGGACGGUUUUUUUUUUCUCGAAAAAGGGACCUAGAGUGAAAAACAAAAACUUUCUGGCGAGAGACGAUAAAACGAAAAACAAAAGAAAGAAAUCAUUUAUUUUUUUUUUUUAAUUUAAAAUCAAACGCGUUUUGAACGUUAUACGUAGAAUAUUUUUUUUAAAUUCCAAUAAAUUAUACAAUAUUUUGUAUUAGAAAAAAAAAAAUAAAGGACGGACAUACUUCGUAGUUCGUACGUGGGUGCAGCCACUGUUAUAGGUGGGAAGUUGAGGAAAUAGGAUACAGACGGGAAUUUAAUAUAUAUCUGUAACGAUAUCUUACGCAACAAUAAACCAUUGCUAAUGAAAAAACUAUUUUUAGCGGAGUUCAGUUGCUUUGUCAACAAUAUACAUGUCAUAUUUUUGUAAAAUGAUUAAAACAUUGUGCAUUUCUAUGAAAGCAAUAAUUGUUUAAAAAAAAUCAAAAUAAUAAAAACUUAAUAAUAACAAUAAAUAAAUAAAAGCGGUUGCCAAUGACAACCUUAUUUUUAAUCUUUCAAUCUUUAUUAACCUAAAGACCGAGGUUUUCUUCGUUAUCUCGAAUAUUAAUGCGAAUUUCAAUAAAUGAUCUCUUUAAAGAGAACAUUGACUUUCAGAAAAGGUGCUAAUAUAAUUAGCACUUGAUAAUCGAAGUAUGAUUUCUCGUUCAAAAAGGGUCUAAAUAAAAAAAAAAUAAUAAUAAUAAUAAACAUCAUUGUAAAAUCAAUACAUUCCUCGCUCUAUUAAGAAUCUAAAAUUCACUUUAAAAACUAAUUUUUUUUCAGUACUUUUUGUUGGCUCGACACCGAAAGCACGAACAUGAUAUUCCGUUUUUACGACGCGAUACCGAUCGCACAUUAAAAAAUGUGUUAAUUAGAUUGCGGAUUUAUAUUUUCUUAAAAUAGCCAAAAUACGAUACUUAUAUUCUCUUAAAAUGUUUAAUGUAUGCUUGUAAUAUCCUCUAAAAAUAUUAUAAAAAUAUGUUUUUAUAUCAAUAUAUUCUCUUAGCAUUAUUAUGCGUACUUAUAUGCAAUACAAGUUUCUUAAAUAGUAUUUAUCAAGAACAUUAUUAAAAUAAUAAUAAACUUUUUUUUUUAGAUUGUUGUUUUCGGCAUUUCAUUAAAUUAAAACUUGUAAAUCAAAGCACAAGUUACCAAAAUAUAAAAAAAAUGAUUUUAAUUAACUUCCAAUACAAAACGAUAACUAAUUAUCACAGGAGGAAAAAAUGUGAUAAUUUACGCCGUAACAAAAUCAAUUAUCAAUUAUUCCGGUCAUAGGUAGUCUGUCGUUUGCAAAAUGAUAGCUAGAUACUAGAAAUUCGAAUAAAAGGACGUGUAUCAACGUCAUUUACCGUAUUCGUAUUAUGGUUAACAGUAAAACAAUAAUUUUCGCAUUUCAUUAUCAUUUGUCAAUUAUCAAAUCAUAGUGGCAUUAAAACCUAUCGUACGACGCACCCGUUAAUAAAUUAUUAUAAAGUAGAAAAAUUUGAUCGCAGCGGUUGAAACGUACAUAAUUAUUUUACUCCUGAAAAUAUUUAAAUUUAUACAUUUUAAUUAAUCAAAUAUGCAAAAACAAAAAAAAUGAUUUAUAUGAAUAUAUUCUCUUAAAAUCAAAAUAAGUACUUUUAUGCAAAUGAACAUUUUUGUAUUCAGAUUCUUUGUGUAUUGUGAAUCAUUGGCAUAUCUUACUCUCGCGGUUGUGCAUAAAUCCACUAAAAACAUGUUUUUAGAUAGAAAUCCGCGCUCUAGUCAUAUUAUAUUAUGCGACUUGAUCUCCUUUUCACAAAAACCGUCCGAAUGUGUUCGAAUAAUUCUCAAGUAACUUGAGACCUUUUGUGCGGAUAAAAACAGUCCACGGACAGCAAUAUAAUUAUUUAUAUAUGGUGAUUAUUUUUACCAUGAAUCAGUAAUUAUCCCUAAGGAUUCUAAGUGAAUUUGAAUUUUUUUUUAAUUUUUUUUUUUAAUCAUUGUGGAACCGUAUAAGUUUUAUUUUAAAACUAUUUUUAAUUUUUCAUCACUAUUUCAUGUAUCCUAAAUAGGCAUACAGUUUAUACAUUUGUUUUCAAAUAGAAACUCCCCUUUUUGAAUAUGGAUUCGAGUAGUGUAUAUUUUUCUACACAUUUUAACGUGAAUAACAUUGAUACCGAUUAUGAUUUUUGAUAAUAGAGAAAAUGAUGGCAAUAAAUCGAACAUCUUUUUUAAAUGAUAAAUUGAUAACUCUUCUCUGCAUCUCCGGUCUAGACUUUAAAUAGUUAUAACUCAUAAACAAUAAUAUAAAAAUAACACCUUAUAUUUGUGUUAUGCAUCUCAAAAUGUCUAGAAAAAUGUACUCAAUUUGAAUCUGUGUUUAAAAAGGGGAGCUCUUGUAUGUGAAAUAAAAGUAUAUACUUAUUUAAGGUGUAUGAAAUAGAGGUAAAAAAUUUAAAAGUUUUGAUAUAAAACUUAACUGAUUCUACAUGAUUAAAAAAAAAAAAAAAUUAUUUGUAUACAAAUGUAAUAUAAUACAAACAUUUUUGUCUUUUCUGUAACGAUGAUGAAAUUAAAUUAUUAGCCGACAUCGUCCAAACUCCCAGUAUCGCGAAUAAUAUUUGAUUAGAAAAAGUAAAAACCCUAAUUAUCCAAAUGGCUAAAACUAAAAAUUAAACUCCGCAAACGAUGCCAUGGCAUAUACCCUUCAUUCCCCGUGAGUACGUUUAUAACGUUACUGGAAGUGUUGACGUAGGGUGUGGCGUAAAAUAAUGACCAAAAGUGACUUGAUUUCUUUUUUUACUUUUACAAAGGACCGUUCUUUGUAUGUACAGUGAAACCUGAGACAUUCAGAUGGAAAACUCACAGGACCAUCGAAAGUGUUAGUUAUACGCGAGUUUCCGGUGUAGACAGGUACAUUUUUCAAGAAAUGUAAGAAAUAAUAAGAUAAUACACCGCCAUCGUUCAUCAUAGAUUUCCUUGGAAAAAAAUAAUUGGUUAAAAAGUAUGAUAAUCGGUAGAUAUUGCACACCUGUCGUCGUUUGUUACGACGUAGGUAUAAUAUAAUAACACUGGGGCAAAAAAAAAUCUAAUUCAAUAAUAUAAUAUCGCCGACGAACAGACGACCGCGAGAUACAUAUUUUUUUUAAAAUAAUAAUUUAUCAUAAGCUUGUAGUUUUUCACGGUGACAACAUUCCAUUACAAAAACAUAUCACAUCACAUGUGGGUGAUCGAUCUUCUGUAAGACAUUUCCAUCAUCUCUGAAACUUGUACGGUUUUUUCUUUUUUUUUUUUGGAAAUUUAAGAAACAACUCGGUUCUAACGUUGUAUUUUCCUAAUUUCGUCCGCCCUUACGCUCGGGGCUGAAACCAACCUACUUAUCCCCUACAACCAUUGAUUUUCAAACGACGUCACGUCAUAAUACUCUCUGCAACAGUAACAAAUAUCGAUAAAACUAUUUGUUUUUUUCAACUAUACAGAUAUAAAUAUUCUGAUAAUUUCUGAUGGCACAUCCUACGUGUCUAGACGUCAACCCGCGAACGACAGCUGUUCGAUUUUUAAUCAUAGAUAUUAGAUAAUAAUAAUAAUAAUAGAUGACGGUGCCGAAAACAAAAUAUAUACCGAACUAUAAUAAUUUACACUUAACCAAGGGAACGAGGCGUAACGUAAUAUCAUCACGAAAAUGUGUUAUCAUACAUUUCUGUCUUUCGCACAUGACACAUGACUACUCAUAUACAUCCUGUACGGUGGUUGUUUUAAAUAUUUGGGAUAAUAAUGUUAUAGAUAAUGUUAACAUAAUGAAAACUGACGUAUUAUAAUUUAUUUGUUAUCAGUUAUAACAAAACUAUACUUACUGAUAAUUAUUUGUGACUAUAGAGUAACAGGACGGACUCAUAUUUUUAGGUCCAAGGAACAUACGCGAAAGUACUAAGUUUAAUCUUCCAAAAAAAUUAUUCAAAUUGUGAAUCUAUGUCAAAAAUAAAGAUCACGAUUGUUACACAUUUUACAUUCUGUAAUUAUUAUUAUUUGAACGUAGUUAUAGGUAUUUUUGUAUUAUCAAUAUGACAAAACAAAUUUCCCCAAAAAUAACGUGUUUAUCAAUAUAGUAUAGUCUUAGUUUUAAUCAUCAUUCAGACCUAAUAAGAAAAAAAUGGGUUCUAAGAUAAUGGAGACGGGUGUAGUCACCGUUAAAGGUAAUUUAAUGUAUAUCUGUAAGCAACUAUUAAUAAUUGCUAUCGAAUAAACGAUUCUGAGCGGAGUUCGGUUGAUAGUGUUGUUUUAUCAACAAUAUAUAUGUCAUAGCAUGAUAAAAUAAUUGCAUAUGCAUUAUAUAUUUUCUUUAAUAAUAUUUGUUUAAUAUUGUACCUAUUUUCCCGUUUUCUCCAUUUAUUGGUUUCAAACAUUUAAACAAAAUCGAUUGGAAAUUAAAUCUGAAAACUACUUUGAUUUUAAAUUAUAAUAGAUGCAAUUCGUACCUAAAUAUUAAAAUUUUCAUAUCGGAUAUUGAAAUAAUGACUCCGCGUCAUAUUUUUCGAAUGAUUUUAAAACCCUGAAAACUUGUAAUUUUUUCCAUUAUAAAUCAAUGUUGAACAAAAAAUCAGAUCAGAUUGAUUUAAAUGGUUAAAACAAUAUUGAUUAUAAUAUAACAUAACUAUAAUUGGCUAGUUAUUGUUUAUAGUGAGGCAAGAAAAAGAGAAGAAAAAACGUACAAGAGAAGAAAGGGGAAUGAUAUAAAUACUGGCGAGUAGUGGGUUUUCCUGGUCUAACGUAUCAUAAUAUGACGUCAUAAUGAUUUUUUAUGGUUAAACUCACUAUAGUAUUAUGUACCUUGGUCGAAUGCUUCGACUUUUAUUAUUCUUUUGAUUAUCACGCGGAUGGAUACUGAAAUUAACGACGCAUUAGUCGUUCGAUUAAGUUAUUUAUAGCGAGCCGUUAUGCGCAAAGUUAAACAUUAAUUAGUGUUCGAAAACUCCGUAUUAUCACUAAAUGUAGUCAUACAUUUUGUCAUUUUAUCAAAAAUCAACAGUAAUAUACAGCGUCCCAAAGAUGAUUUACGACCAAAAUACAUUCUAUACUCUAAUACACGUGGAAUCUGGACCCAAUUUUUUUUUUUUUUAUUCUCAAAUCUAAUUGUCUUGGCUAAAAUAAAGAAACUCGUUUUACUUAUUUUAUGUACCGCACAAAAACGUGUUCCGAAAAAAAAAAACAAUUUGAAUUGCUCACCACCAUAUAUACCAGUUAGUAUGUGACGUAGUUAUUUAAAAAUCAGUUACCAAACGAGUAUUUAUGUUGCUGCGUUUCAGUUUCAUUUAUUGAUUGUUCUUUUUAUUAUUAUUAUUGUAAUAUUGUAUUCCGUAAUAACAUAUUAAUAUCCCAUAUGUUUGUAUAACAUAUGUACCUACGCUUAACAUUAUAUCGAAUCGAUUUCCGAAAUGUAAUAUUUGCGCAAUGCGAUAUAAUAUAUUACUACGGUAUAUUAUGACGUACCUACUCCAGACAGAAAAAAAAAAUAAAAACAAGAACAUAAUACUUAUAAAUUGUAUUAUUUUAUUUCGACCGUUCGGGCCGGUACGGGGUUUUUGAUUUUCUCGUUUUUCGCGUUUUCACCUGUAAGUUACAAUAAUAUGCAGCGAUCAUCUUUAAAUCGCUGCCCGUCAACAAAAAUGCACGUAUACGCAUAUAGUAAUUGGGAACAGCACUUUAUUAUUAUUUUGGCACGCUCCCAUGCCAAAAAACCAACGUUGUCGUUGUUGUCGGUUGUAAAUUGUAAACGACUGCAAUAUAAUAUAUUAUAUUAUAUGCGUUUUUAAAAUUGAUGCGUUUUUUCGUUUUGUUUAUACCGUUAGGUAUAUAUUAUGCCUACUUGAAUUUUUCCCGUGUAGACAUUAAAAUGACUGUCAUUAUAAAAAUGUUUGUAAUUAAUAAAAAAAAAAAAAAAUUGAAAAAAAACGGGUUCAAUUGCAGGGUUCAAUAUAAUCGGUACUGUACGAGUAAAACAAUUCCAUAAAUACAAAAAACAUAAUAUAACUUACCGUAUAUAGUAUACGGUAUAAUUAUAUUGUACCUGUAUAAAAAAAAAAUUGUUAAAUAUAUUUUAAUUAUAAUUUAUAAUAUCUAUCUGUCAUGCGUUCGCGCCGAAUACCGAUACUUAUUUUAUUCGACGAGCGAUUAUUAUUACGCGAAAUAUGAAAUAGUUAUUUUUAUACGUUUUAUUACAUAUUUUUAAGUACUCGCUUAAUACACACUACGGCAUAACAUCAACUCGACUUAUGAUAAAAAAUUAGUAUAAAGCAGCUUUUCAUAUAGUACCGUUCAAAAACUAAAUAGAUACGAACAUAUUUCGCACAGUGGGUGAGCCACUAUUGUAGAUGAGAAAUUUGAAAGGUAUAGGAUAUAGAGGAAAAUUUAAUGUAUAUCUAAACCCAACGGUUAGUCUUUGCUGGCGAAAAACGAUUCUGAGCGAAGUCCGGUUAUACAUAUUUCGAAAGGCCAUAAUAUUUAUUAUUAAUAUAUAUAUUAUUUGAAAAUAAUACUUUUCGUAAAUUACCAAGCCCAGUAGAAUUUCCUUUCAAACAAAGUGCUACAAUUGAAAAUCUGAGCAAAAUUGCUGGUGGAAAUGUUUGCGGAAAAAAACGGAAAUAAACAUCAUUGUAAAACAAACACAACAAAAUGAAAGAUUUAAAAAAAAAAAGAUUUUUCAAACAAAUGAAAGUAUUAAUAUAUAUUCUAUAUAUUUCGGAGAUUAUUUAUAAUGCAGAAAUGAGACAUGUCCACUUUUUUACGAAAUUUAGUUAUAUUCAGGUUUGUAUUUACUUACCCUUAAAUAAAUAUAUUUUGAGUAAGAAUUUUGUAAAUUUUAAUGAAAAUUGAACACUCAAUCAUAAUAUAAAUUGGCAUUCGUUUAGCAAUACGAAUAAAUAUAAUAAUAAUAUUAUCAUUAUUAUUAUGCAUAAUAAACCACGAUUUACUAGGUUUUGCUAUAUACAGUGUGUGUGUGUUUUCUUUUUAAAUUAUUUUUAUAAAAAUGUCUUCAAAUAAACAAUAAAAUAAAGGUGUGACAUGAAAAUAUGGGAUUAAAAAAUAAAAAGUGAAACUAAUAGAAAAUGCUCGGGCGUAUAAAAAUACGUUGAAAUAAAUCUAUUGUGAUAAUUAUUAGGUAAUAUAGUUUUUAUUACGACUAUAUUUUCAUUUUCAUAUUCAACCAAUACAUUCUUCGCUACACAUAGAAUUUAAAACUAUUUAAGGUGAAUGCAUUUCGAAAUAAAUGAAUGAAUGCAUUUCGAUAUUAGAUUACUCAUAUUUUAGAUUCUGAAUAGAGCGAAAAAACUUACGGUUUUACCAUGAUGUUUUUUUCUGUGAACAACUUUUCUUUUGAUUUUCUCAGGAGUUUUCUCAACAAAUAUGACAAACCGACAAAAAAACAGAGGAAUAACGGAAAAGUGUACAAAAUAUAUUAGUAUAAUAUGACAGUCUUUUGGUUUUUUUGGGCAACUAUGAUGAGUAAUCUAAUAUCGAAAUGCAUUCACCUUGAUGAGUUUUAGAUUCUGAGUCUAGCGCAGAAUAGUUUUACAAAGAUGUUUAUUUAUUAUUAUUAUUAUUUUUUUUUUUAUGUGCACACUUUUUCUACCAGAAAGCAUACUUUGAUGUACACAAUAUAGACCUUUUCUUAAAAUGAAAUUUUCUUAGGGUGAUACCUUAGGAGAUCAUUUUUAAAUUUCCAAGUAGUUUCCCAACAAAAAGGAAAAGGUGAGAAGAAACGGGAAAAUGUAUGAAAUGUAUUAAUUUGACAGUGGCGACACCUAUCGUGCAAAUUAUAUCCAUAUUUUUUAUAAAUGAUUGAUCAAGAACUAUUUUUAAUAAUCAUAGUAUGAUUGUAUUAUAUAUUUUUAUUUUAUUUAUAUUUUUCCAUUCGAUAAAUCUAAUUUAAUAAACAAUAAAUAAGUACAUACAUAUAUUUUAAUAUUAUUCAUAGGCAAUUCUCCGCAAAAGUAAGUUUCCNUUACUUUCGGUUUCUUGCAUAAUAUUUAUCUUAUCUCGAACGUAUCCUUCUAGGUUUUUCUCAACACAGUAUACCAAUUUUUGAAUUAAAAACAUGUAAUAAAUGUAAAUAGUAUAAUCCAUGAUGCUUCCCAAAACUUUUUCAAUUCACGGUUCCUUUUUUGAACUGAAGUCUUUUCAGAGCGCCCUUGUAAUUUGUUUCAAUGAAAAACGUAAUAUCGUGAUCGGAUUAGUAUUAGACGUGAUGUUUAUCCCAUUGUAUAACUAAAGGUAACCACAGUGAAUAAAACUAAUAUAUUUAUAUUCAUCAACAAUAAAGGUAACCAAGGAAAAUACAAUCGAUAUGUAUUUACAAUAGUUGUCAGAUCUGAUUAAAUAUUAAAAAAAAAGUAUUGAGAAUCAUAAAUAUUGUUGUAAAAAGAACACUAUUAAUCAAACUCUGCUCAGAAUCGUUAUUAAAUUUAAAGAAAGUUAAUUUUCGUUAGUAAAAGUUUACUGUUCUAUCUACUAUUAUUUUCAUCUACUACCUUUCCAACUUCUCAUCAACAACAGUGGCUGCACUCACGUGCGAAGUAUAUCCAUUUUUUUUUUUUUUUUGAUUAAAUUUGUAAUUUUUAAAUAAAUUUCACACUGUUUAUAAAUUAUUUAAAAAAAUCAUUUAUUAUUUUUAUUACUACACUAUUAAUUGUAAUUAAGAUAAUAUGAAUUAAUUUUUCUAAAUAGCUUAAAAGUUGACAAUUUAGAUCAGCCUAAUAUGUUCUACAUAGAUUUAUUUUCACGGCAUGAAAAAUGUAUCCCGAUAGUGAUAAUACGUAGGUAUUUUCAAUUAUUAUUUUUUAAUUAUAGGUACCGUCCAUUUGUUGCAAUACGGUCUGUAAUCGGUAGGUAUGCUUGAUACGAAAACGAUUUGGUUCUAACCGACCAAAGGCAGGUAGAUUAUUUUGAAUUGAUGAGAUUCUUGCAGGUGUACGGGAUACCGCUUACGAUUGUCAGCUAGUACACGAGAGAGAAGACACCCGCAAGCUUUUUACCAGAAACGAAUUAUGGAAAACGAUAUAAAGGCCCGAAAAAUUGUUGUCUCCCCCCCCUCCCAUUUCGUUAUAAAUCGUCCGUCCACGCUCUCGGGACGCCUAUCUCUAUUACAUACGCAGCCGUAAAUGUCAUCUAGAAUCGUGCCGAUUAAAAUAUACGCACAGAGAUAUCCGCGUGAGCAACAAUCCGGGAACCUAAACGGGCUUCCGUUUCGUAUAGAGGUACCACAGGUCCGCAUCAUCGACUCGGGGGGUAAUGUACACUUUAUGCAAGACGUAUAUCGGGUGUUUGUUAAUCGACGGCCGAAAUUUUUAUUUGGUUUUUUUUUCCUAUAUUUUUAUUCCGCAGAAUCCGGUAGACAGGUACGCGUGAUUAGUUGGAAUAUUAAUAAAAAUUAAUCGAAACGAACUAUACGUGCACGGCUAAAUACGCAUAUUGCAUAACUCCGGUUUUUUUUGUGAUUUUUAUUUUUAUUUUUGCGCCCGUUUCCGCUACAAUAUUAUUCGCAUAUGUUAUUCUGACGACGGUGAUGAUGAUAAUGACGAAUGUAAUAAAUACAAGAAUUCCGUAUAUUUUACACGCGACGACGUCACAAUAAGGACAACUAAUCAACUCGCGAAUAUAAUAUUACACAUCUCACACGAGUAGGUGUGAUACUUGUAUACAUAAUAUACCACAAGCACUGUAUACUUUACGAAUAUUAUUAUCAUACGUGUCGAGCUGCUGUACGUAAGCGUACACAUGUUAUACACAUACGGCGGCUCGCUCAUUUGACAGGUGUACGGAACGACACGUUCCGACACGUGUUUAUCUCGUAACUUCGUCGUUUUUGCAUCAGACUUCCACUGUUCGCGCACCAUUACAAUAAUAAUAAUAAUACGGCACUUCUGGAACAACGCCGCAGCGCGCGAUAAUAAUAAUAAUAAUAAUAUGAUAUUGCCGUUGCGACCCAUUUGUUCCGGUACGGUUUUUGCUUUUAUCUCUUUCUCUCUCACACUCUCCGCGCGCGCCUCUUUCCGUCCCGCUACCGGUGCCCGUCGAUCCGUCUCCGUGUCUGCGCCGGGGAAUAUUAAUUUACUCGUGUUUAUAUUUUUAACCGCGAAAUGAAAACGUAAUAGUUUAUCGCAGACGUGUAUACCUAGCUGGUAUACGAGAACGCGCAACGACCGAAUAUAACAAAAUGUACGUAAAUAUUGAAAUUGCAAUCAAAUCUGCAGCGACGCGACCGGGAUAUAUUUUCGAGGUUGGUUGAAGGGGCAGGGGGAAAAAUUACGUCUCUAAAGUACCUGCCUACACCGAUUUCAUUUCAGAAAAGAUGCUACACUUAAAAAUCGGAACAAGAUUUUUGAUAGAAAAGUUGCGCACAGACAAAAAAAAAUAAAAACAUCUUUGUAAAACCAUAUAACCUUCUACGCUCCACUCUGAAUCUAAAAACGAUUCUCGGAGGAGUAUAGUACGACAAUACUGUAGUACAACAGCCGUGGUUUUUGGUAGAGACAAAAAGUAUAUUUAGUCGACGGUGACCCAGAAAUCAAGAAUAAAAAAAAAAAAAAAAAAAAAAAAAAAAUGAACAGACGAACUGUUUAAAAUGUCGAUAAAUGUUUCAAAUAAAGUAGGUACUGUCGGCAGAAAUUUCGUAUCGGUUGAGGUGCUGUGAGAAAAAAUCGGAACGUUUGUUUAACCGAUAAAUUAUUUGACAAAACUAUUUUCAAUUACGUGCCAUCGAGCGAACAAUCAGAUUAUUUUUUAUUAACCUUAAAAGUACUUAACGAAAAAAAAAAGGGCACCAAAUGUGAAUGACCACUAGUACAUCAUUUAAAAAAAAUAAAAUGUCUAGACUCCCAAUACUUUUUUUUAAAUAUUUAAUCAGAUCUGGCAACAAUUGUUGAUGAAUAUAAAUAUAUUAGUUUUAUUCACUGUGGUUACCUUUAGUUAUACAAUGGGAUAAACAUCACGUCUAAUACUAAUNUCAUUGAAACGAAUUACAAGGGCGCUCUGAAAAGACUUCAGUUCAAAAAAUGAACCGUGAAUUGAAAAAGUUUUGGGAAGCACCAUGGAUUAUACUAUUUACAUUUAUUACAUGUUUUUAAUUCAAAAAUUGGUAUACUGUGUUGAGAAAAACCUAGAAGGAUACGUUCGAGAUAAGAUAAAUAUUAUGCAAGAAACCGAAAGUAAGUUUAUAGUUGGCAUGUAGGUACACAUAAUUUGAUGAACUAUGUGAACACGCCAAUGGAAACUUACUUUUGCGGAGAAUUGCCUAUGAAUAAUAUUAAAAUAUAUGUAUGUACUUAUUUAUUGUUUAUUAAAUUAGAUUUAUCGAAUGGAAAAAUAUAAAUAAAAUAUAUAAUACAAUCAUACUAUGAUUAUUAAAAAUAGUUCUUGAUCAAUCAUUUAUAAAAAAUAUGGAUAUAAUUUGCACGAUAGGUGUCGCCACUGUCAAAUUAAUACAUUUCAUACAUUUUCCCGUUUCUUCUCACCUUUUCCUUUUUGUUGGGAAACUACUUGGAAAUUUAAAAAUGAUCUCCUAAGGUAUCACCCUAAGAAAAUUUCAUUUUAAGAAAAGGUCUAUAUUGUGUACAACAAAGUAUGCUUUCUGAUAGAAAAAGUGUUCACAUAAAAAAAAAAAAUAAUAAUAAUAAAUAAACAUCUUUGUAAAACUAUUCUGCGCUACACUCAGAAUCUAAAACUCAUCAAGGUGAAUGCAUUUCGAUAUUAGAUUAGUUAUAUUUUAGAUUCUGAGUGGAGCGAAAAAACUUAUGGUUUUACCAUGAUGUUAAUUUUUUUUUUCUGCGGACAACUUUUCUACCAGUAAUUUUGAUCCGAUUUACAAUGAUAGCAGUUUUUCUUGAAUUAAAUCUGACUAAGUAUUUUAAGGGGGUAAUUUUUUGAUUUUCCCAGUAGUUUUUCUAAUAAAUAGGGAAAGCUGGAAAAGCGUAUGAAUGACGGGAAUAUAGAUACAAUAAUUAAACAAAUAUUAUUAAAUAAAAUGUAUAAUGCCUAUGUAGUUAUUUUUCUAUAAUUUAACAUAUAUAUUGUUGAAAGCAACUGAACUCCGCUCAGAAUCGUUUUUUCGUUAGCAACGGUUUGUUGUUGCUCACGGGCAUCCGUUAAAUGUACCCUCUACUCAUUUAUCGCGCAUCGUAUGUCCGUAUUUUUUCGUAUUUUCAAGCCGAAGGGGCGAGAGGAGAAUGAAACCGCUCGCCUCCCCUGUUCGGGCACGCUACCGCGCCCGAACAUACGUGUGAGGUAUGGUCAGAACACGGACAAACCGGAACUGCAGAUCGAGACCGAUCCGCACCGAGUGCACGAUAUUGCGAGUAGGCGAAUCGAUCGAAACCGAAAGAAACGGCCGAUUUUAUUUAUUUUUUUUUGUUCCCCCCGUAUAUAUUCCGAGCGGCGGGAUAAUCGUUUCCCCCUUGCUCCCCGCCAUCCCACUGCUCCUACCUGGCCAAUAUCACGCCGCACACGCGCGAUGCCCCGUCGCAUUUCCCGUUCGUCACUGUUUUGAUGAUGAUAAUAUUAUUACGCGCGCAUAACGUUACACAAUUGGUAUCCGGUUAAUUAUUAUUUAAACGUAUUGCGCGCCGGAUCCCGCACGACGUUUCGAUGUACAACGAAUAACGAACAACAGUAAUAUUAUUAUCGCGAUGAAUGGCCGCGUAUAGGUUCUAGACAAUCCAUCAAUUUCGGUCUCCGGGACGCGCGUGUAAUAUUUUCUUACGUUAUUAUACACACACACUACGGUGAUGUCUACACGGCUCGGCGUGGCCGGGGUUUGUGCACUCCGUUCGAAUUCAUUAAGAUUUAAUCGUGUCUGGGUGAAAACAAAAUCUCCCGGGUGUACCUUACGCGCGCGCGUUUUCACUAAUUGCUUUUCGGGGGGAAAAAAAAAAAAAAAAUUGUUUUAUUAAAAAAGAACAAUGAUAACGAAUAACGCAUCACUGUGCGUCGUCGUCGCGAUCAAUAAUAAUACGUCUAUAAAAUUAUCACUUUAUUACACACAUACAUAUAGGUUACCUGUAUUAUCCUCUCGUAAUAUUACUUUAGUUGCGUUAUAGUUAUAUUAUGAUAUAAGAGCCCGCGAGAUGCCGUCGCGGUCGAUUAAAUUGCCUUCAGUUAAAAGUUAAGAAAAAAAAAUCUAACUCGAUAAUAGUUUAAAGUAAAAACCAUAGGCGUAGGAUACGGGGGAGGGGGGGUUAAGAGGGCUAUAAUCUCCCAAAAUCUCAUCUAGCUCCCCUCAACGUUCCCACGAAUAUGCAAUAACAAGUUUUCUCGUUACCCUUUUUUUUUCUUUUCUUGCAAAAAUGUUUGAAACAAGUACAGUUUAGUUCCCUUAGCACCCGCACCACACGUCUAUACGGUUAAGAUGGAAAAUAAAAUUGACUAUACUCAGUUAAAAAAGUUAAAGUUUUUUCACGCCAUAAUAUGCAUGUCAUAAAUUGCCCUAGUAUUUCGAUUUACACAAUUAUUAAAAUACCUAUAGCUAUUAAAUUAUUUAUAGUUACCUACCAACAAUUAUUGGUUCGAUAUUUAUUUCGAUUAUAUUAAAGUAUAAAUUAUAAAUAUCUCGGACAACUUUUUGUUGUUUUGUCCGUUGGAAUUUUCGUAUGUACUAUUUAUGCGGCAAAAUGGGAUUUGUUCGGUGGCAAAAUGAGACGGCGGCGUAAUGCAACGGCGGUGAAACGGGAUACGAUCCGACAACCUAUACGAAAAGAUCUUCGAAAUCGGUUUCACAGAUAAAAUAUACCUGUUGUUAUAGAAAAUGUGCCUCACGGGGAUUCCGGGACUUUCGAACUCCCGCCCCGUACACAUUUUAAGAUCAAAUUUCAUCAUUGGUUUGAAAUCAGUAUAAUUAUUUUAGUAUACAGUGCGUAGGGUUAUAUUAUACGAUUAGGUAUAUAGUAUACGGUUGUUUAGCGUUUCGCAAAGUUUUAUAUUACCAAGUAGGUUUAGUGAGAAAUUCGACGCUAAUGACGGAGCUCUGCUGCUCACGCGUGUAUUUUUUUUUUUUAUGUAAACUAUUUCAAAAAGUGACUGUUAUUAAAAAAAAAAAAAAGCGGUAGAAAGCAGAACUCCGCUACUAGAGUCAAAUGUUUUCCCAGCCGAUUUAUCAGUAUAAGUUUUUUUCAAAUAUAUAUCGAUAAGGAAUUAAACGAAAAAAAUGUAUAGUUGGGUCAAAUGUUGGAUGUUUAAACCUACAACAGGCACAUGCUCGACAACAGUUCUAUUUUUAUUUAAAAGUACACAUAAAUACACAUUUUAACCAUUAAUCUCCGAAGGUAUUUCCCGUGAAAAACACGAAAUCUGAGCAUGAAAAUGGUAAAAGACGCCCACCUUCCGCAAAAAUACGGCGAACGGUGAAGUUCAUGUUGAAGUUCAACCCGAAUUCCGCCUGCACACAAUUCCAGUCUGCUAGUUUGAGCUCUGUUUAGCCCAGAGCCCGAGUUCGCGGACACGAUACAGUGCGAUAGUCUCUGUUUUCCGGGAAAGCCGACGGAAACCGCGAAUUGUCGGUCGUGCGCGAGAGGCCCCGGGAUUACAACGAGUAGAAUAUUUAUAGAGGGUUCAGUCACCGAAACGCGGCUCGCGCGCGUAAGGUUUUACGUGAAUCGCGUUGGGGCCGUGUCUGUUUUAGUUUAGUACACCGUGGCACGGGCAAAGGCCGGGGUAGCGUAAUGCGGCUGGCAUUAUAUUGUGCGUUAUUAUUACGAUGAUAAUGUCAAAUGUAUACAUAGAUACGUAUGAUUUUUUUUUCGAUUCAUUUUUAAUGACCCGCGACGGAUAUUAGGUCGGGGAUACAAUAUUUCGUACGCGCGCGCAGUGACAAAGGCGACGGCGGCGACGGCGUACGAGUAGGCGUAUUUGCAGCGGGAGGGAAAUCCGGAAAACCUUUCAACGGGUCCGCGGUACAACGCGCGCUCCGUUACUCUGGUGCAGGCCUCUGGUCCGGGCGUCAUUCGUACGGACGAACGGCCCGACUCAUUUGCCGGGCGAUGCACGGCGCGCAUCGUUUAGACGAGAAAUCGUUAUUGUUGUCUGGGCGAAAUGUAAUUAUUUUGCGUUUAUAACUGUGUUUAGCGUAUCAUUAUACGCUAUGUCUAUACGUAACCUGAACGUAUGCGCGACACAGUAUUAUAUUGUGCUGCAUCAAGUACAUUAAUAACUAUCGUUCGAAAUCGUGGACAGAAUAUAAAACCGGGAAAUUAACAAUAAUCGGUUAUGUAAUAUAGAAAAAAAAAUCCAAGUGCCAAAGUUUAAAAAAAAAUAAAUACUUUAGUUUGAUACAAAUUUAUAAUCAGUCGAAUGAAAGUGCCAAGACUUUAAUAAUGAUACGGAAAAUAUAUUUUAAACAUUAACGUUAAAAACAAGGCGACCAAAUUACAAUUUUUUCCACGUUAUUUCGGCCAAAAUAAUCAUUUUAUCUACACAUAAAACCAGAUAAAAACUCGAAAAUUUCAAAUAGCUUUAAAACUCAAAAAUCAGAAUGGUUUGAAUAUUGCACCACGCGUGACGCGUAGAAAGUGCUGAUAUAAUUAUUCGGUAAAAAUUGCAAGUCUUUACGAUUUUUGGAAGCUAAAACAAAACCGGAAAUUAACUUGAGGUUCCUGAUUUUUCUCGAUUAUUAAAAAAAAAAAAAAAAAACUAGUAACACAAUCAAAAAAAGAUCUCGGUGCACUAACUAAACAACAUAUUCUACCAAAAACCAUCGUUGAAGUUGAUGAUCGGAGCGAGAUUUCUGGUGGAAAAAUGUUUAACAGACAUACCAGAAAAAAAAAAUAUACAUAUUAGUAUAAGUAAAACCGUAAAGUUAACCCGUUCUUCGAUAUACGUUCAGAAUCCGAGAUAAACGACAAGAAUAAAAACCGAACACGGUAGUCAGUGGCGUGCCUAGAAGAAGCUAGCUCUCCUCCUCCCCUCCCCUCCAUUAGCCGUGGUUAUUAAAAAAUAGUACAAACUAUAUUCAUCAAUGACAAAUUAUUCCCUAAUAAAACAAUAAUCAUUGCACAUUUGCACUACUCGUUCAGUCAAAUAAUUUUAUUGUAACGCGCAAUUGUGUAUCUCACAAAAAAUUUUCAGUAAAGCCUCGUUCUCCUUCUCCCAUUGACAAAUCCCGGGUACGCCACUGACAAUAGUGGAUUUACUAUCGGAUCGAUGGUCGAGAACCCAAGACUCUACCGCGGUCAUCAAUGAAAUACGUUAUACUAAUAUAUACAUACAAAUAUAUAUUUGUCUAUUAUUAAUUUAUCACACCUGUAUCGAUUUACGAUUAGGUAUCUUGCACGCAUUUGUGACACUGGGGUAUAGACUCUACAGUCGGUAUGAUAAUGUCUGAAUGUAUUGUACAAUCGAUUAAACGUAUUUGCGAUGACAUUUCUCCCCAGUGACUGAUAUUAUAUUGCAUGUACUUACUGGGUUUCGCGAUUUCGUGUUGUGGACAAAUUGAUCGCGAAAUAAUAAUUUGUAUUUUUUUUUUUUUUUUUUUUUCAAAAAAUUAAUUAUGUGAAAACUUUUCGGAAUCGUUUGUUCUGAAAUGUAAUUUUGUUGUAACAUUUAUCACUCUUAUUUUUUAGGAUGAAACCACUACCCAGUUACGAUUUUCAAACGGUAACUUGUAUUAAAAAUUGCAUAAAUAUAUAUAAUUUUAAUUUAAACACAUUUUGGUGUUGAUAUUUUGAAUUCUCGUCAAAUGGUUAACGAGACAUUUCACUCGUGUAUUAUUUAGAUAGUUGCGAGAGUAGUGGCACUUCAAACUAAAAUUGUAUCUAUUUAUGGAAUAUUUAAUAUAGGUUGUUAUUUGAAAAUCAACAGUGGCGGCGGGUAGUGCAGGUUUCAUCCCCAAAACCAAAGGUGAAAAAAAUAAGUACAACGUAAUAUUUUAGAAAAUUCGAUUCCAAUAAGUUUUUACAUACAAGUCAUUUUUUGAAAAAAUUAUUAUUUCGUGGCAAAUUUGAUUGUAACACGAAACAAUUCUGAAAACCCCUGUAUACAUAAUACAUGAACAUAUCAAAUAUUCAAUUUGCAACACUUCGGUACGUUUUUUCGCCUCGCGUAUUUCUAUUCGGUAUACAUAAUAUGUGAGUAUGCAUACCGAAUAGAACCCUUCCGAUGUACAAUUUACAUAAUAUACCAACUCUAGAGUGUUAGGUAUUUUUUUUUAAAUUACGUUUCGUACAUAAUCUAAAAAAAAAAAAUUACAAAAAUAGAAAAAUUGAAUUGAAAUUCACACGCGUAUUGAGACGGCCGGUACUGUCCUGCACAAUUAUUAUUACACCGAGAGUGGUCCGUACGAAUAUAAUAUGUUCCGAAAAAUUACGUUAAUUUAGCAUCGAGCACUUAUAUCCCGUCCGUGCAGAGUAAAAAUCUUAACUCUUCAUUAUCCCACUGCAGAAUUGUAGAACACAAUUCCUAAUUUAAGACAAUUUGAAGAGAAAAAAAUAACCGAGAUUUACGGUAAAUGAACUGGUAAGACGUUGAAUUUAAAAAAAAAAAAAAAAUCACUUUUUAAACUCGGAAAAACAGAAAAGCAAUUCAUCGCGCGAGUUUAAAAAUCUCUAUACCUAUAUACUAUUUACAACGCGAAUAAAUCUGUCUCCCGGAACACGGGCUGGAUCGAAUCGAUUCACCACGACGUUUAAUAUUCUUCUUGCACUGACUCGAAUCUUACACAGAAACCUAUAAUAAUUAUUGUGUAUUCGCUGAUAGAUGUCGAUUGUUUUACUCUGAUGGUCUUGUUCUGGAGAAGGGAGGGAGAAACGAAUAAUUAAAAAAAAAAAAGUACUUAAAAAUGUUAUUUUGUAUACGAUGGGUAACAAUAUUAUGCGUCAUUCGCUACUCGCGUCAUUGAAUAUGACUGCAAUGUUGUAAGUGAUGGAAAGGAACUGCGGUAUGCCAUUAUGUAUACGUCAAACUGGUUAAAGGGCUAUUGAGCUUAAUUAUAGCAACGAUAAAUCGUUGCAAAUAAAAAACGAUUCUGAGUGGAGCUAUCGAUAACCCGGUACGGUUAUAGAUAGCUAUUUUAGUAGUUUCUAAUCCCUCCUUUUCGUAGACACAAUAACGUAACCCAGAUAUCAACAAAAGUUAGAUAUGUUUGUUGUCGGUUUUUUAGAAGAAAAAAAAAGCAGCCGUCUUAGUAAAACUAUACCAUUAAGUAUAGUUUUCGAAGAAGCUUAAUAGCUUCUUCGAUACAUAAAAUUGUAUAUUAUUACUAGGGUUAAUUGAAUGUAGCUCCUAAAAGCCAUUUUACCUUAAAACCUUUAAAUAUAUAUUCAGAUACGCACUAAAAAUACCGAAACAUGCUCAACACUAAAAAAAAAAGUAUAUAGAUGUGUUAGAAGAGGAAACCUAUAGCAACCUAUUUGAAUGAAACAAAUUAAUAAAUAGUAAUAUUUUAUCUGAACUAAAUAAUUUUAACGUCUGCUGAUAUUUAUACGUAAACCAUGGAGAGUUAUUUCAUAGUUGUCAAUUCGUCGAGUUAAAAAUGUACGAAAUCUUCAAAUGUAGGUACCCUAAAAGUGUAAAGAAUUCUUAAAACGUGCUGUUAAAAUGUACAAAACCCCGAAAUAUGUAAAAAUAUACAAAAUACAAUUUCGUAUACCUAGACGAUUCUGUUUCAGGCCAUGCAACACACUUUGGUAUUUUGACCGAUCAUUAAAAACACGCGAAAGCUCAUACAUAUCUGCCCUGAUCAUUGUUAGGUACCGUAACAAUGUCGCCAGCUGCAUGGAUAAAGGUCGUACCACUUCUGUCUCUUCUACCCGUCGUGCAAAAAGCGACUAAAUUACAAUUAUUUUUUUAAUAUAAAAUUUCAUUCAAUUUUCAAGAUUCUCAACAAUAAUUACGUGUUGAGCGGUUCGUAAACUAUAACGUACGAACGACAUGACUUUGACGCUUUUUCCAAACACGUUUUUUUUUUCCGCUCGGUCACUUCUUUAUGCACGGUGUGGACGGUAUACAUAUUGUAUAUAUUAAUAACGUCAAACUUAGACACGCGGGACCUGAUGUUUCACGCGCGCUUGUUCGCGUGCACAAUAAGCUAAACCGUUCACGACGACGAAUCCCCAGGGUUUGAAUUUGACCUCAGUAUUUGCUUUGCGGUUCGUUACGGUCCGUUACGGAGCCCGGCCGAGCUUUGGUCCGCCGAACACAGGCACCGUUGUCGUCGUCGUUGUCACCGUCAUUAUUAUUAUUAUUAGACAGGUAUUAUACACGUCAUCGCGUAUACGUACAGAUAAAGGAGAGGAGAAAAAAAAAACACAAAUCGGGUACCUUUAUAACAAAAUAAUAAUAACGAUAAUAUAAUAACGUUAUGAUAUUAAUAAUUAUAGAAAAAAAAAAAAAAAAACGCUAUACAAUAAUAAUAAUAAUAAUAAUAAUGGCGUAGUGCGCGUGAUGUCCAUGAAGAUAGCUGCAGCCGCCCGUGUCGUCGUAUUCGAUAUUUUCAAUCCAAGUAUUCCAAACAUUUCGUAAGCCGAUUGAAAUAUUAUCGUAUUACAGUUAUUUUAACUAUUAUUGUCAGUUGGGUUCAUUCGGCCUUUGGGACCAUCCCGUCGCACGUCCAAUCCUCCAGCCAGGUCCCGAUUGACGUAUAUAGUAGACGUGGUAGGCACUAGACACUAGACCUAGACAAUGACAUGGACUAUUUUAUUCCCAGUAAUACGCAAUAAUAGCAUAUUAAAAUUAGGCGAAUUAAAACGUUUUAAAUGGUAUGAUUUUGUAUCAUAAAAUUCAAAUAGCUUGUAAGACAAUUAUUGUAUACGGCCAAAGCUGUUCCAAAUGCUGUUUAUGAUAUUAUAUCACUUAAAUGGUCUUACAAGGCACAUAUUAGCGCUUUAUUUACUUAGGCUUAAUCCGGCCCUGUUCCCAAAAAUUCCGUCUAUGUCUAUGUCCGUAACCAAAAUCGUCCAAUUUAGUCCGCCCUUCAUUGCUUCAAUGUCCUUUUUCACAACAUCUAUUUUUUUUUUCCCCGUGACCGUUUCCCUACCAGAGAACUUGCUCAAAUGUUUACGUUUUUCGGUUUUCCCAAGAGUUUUCCCAGCGAACGUGAAAACCCAGAAAAAACGGGAAAAUCGGUACAUUAAACAAAUAUUAUUUAAGAUAAUAAUAUGUGUCUAUUCAAUUAUUUUACCAUAAUAUGACAUGUGUAUUUAUUGUUGACGAAGCAUCACUAACAACUGAACACCGUACAGAAUCGUUUUUUACGCUAGCAAUGGUUAAUCGUUGCUAACAGAUAAACAUUAAAUUAUCCAUAACUGUGACUGCACCCGUUCCCAUUAUCCUAGGACGUCUUUUUUUCGUACGAAACGAAUUUUAUGACGCUUGGAAGCAACGGCGGCUUUAGGACAUUCAGAAAAGAAUUUAGUUUGCAUUAUAAUCCGUGCCCUAGUAAUCAUACUUAAAACAAUAUUAUUGGUCGUUGGUUUUGCAGACGAUACCGUCGGCGGCGUGGAAGAUGCACGGGACGGGCGUCGGGACGGUCGGUGAUGACGGCGCGCCAAGCCGGAAUGGGUGGCAGGUGUACGGCUUGUACAUGACCGGAUCGACGACGAAGGCAGCGGCGGACGCGCCGUCUAAGACGGGAGACAAACCGCCGACAGACGCCCCGGUCGUCAAGCCGGCCGGAAAACCGGCCGCUACGAGGACGACGUCCAGAAGCAGCGUCACCGCGUCCAAGAACGGCAACAAACGGCAGGCGGUGUUCGAAUCCGAUCUGGACGAUCCGUCGUUCGGGACCGGUGGCGGCGGCGGCAGCGGCGCCACACCGUCCAAACCGUUCCAAUGGUUCACCAAAACGUUCGCGUUCGUCAAGCGCAUGUUCACGUUUGUCAUCAUACCGUUCUUCAAGUUCGUGCGCAACACGUUCUUCCAGACCAGGUCGCUGGACGACACGGUGGUGGACGUCAGCGAGACGCACCUGACUGUCAGCGACGUCAAGUAUACGCCACCGUCGUCAACGACGACGACGACGACGACGACGACGACGACAACGACGGCAAAGACCGUAGCCACAACCGACGCCGAUUUCUCCUCGGUCCACGACUUUUUUCUGGACGACAACCGCGACGGCGACAACAGCGACAACCGAUGGCCGUCGUCGUCGUCUAAAAGAGAGACGGACAUCGGUCGCGGCAUCGACGACCAAGACGACGACCAAGACGUAGGAUGCAGCGGGUUGCAGCGGCCCGCAGACGACGACCGCGUAACGGCCUCAGAUCUGGUGGCCGCGGGCGUGACGUCGGCCGCGGACGAUUCCAUGUCGCCAAACACCAGGCGAUACUUGCGGAUGGUCACCGACGGCCUGAACGACGUCGGCGUCAACGUCGCGUUCGUCAGACGGACGUUCGCGUGUUGCCGCCAUCCGCUGCGGUCCGACGCGGCCGCGGUUAUGGUCGUCGACUGGGACCGGACCCGGGCCAGGGCCCAUAACGUGACAGCGUCGCCUCACAAUUGUGGCCGCUUGUGACGGGGCCCUCAACCGUAAUCGCGAGUUCGUCCACCGUCCGAGGAAUUUGUACAAUACAUAUAGUCCUUGUAAAUUAUUAUUUUAAUAAUAUUAUUAUGUAG